AGUAGAGUUCUUGUUGAGAGCCAGGGAAUAUUUGAUCAGUUUGGUGAUGAAAGAUGGCACACCCCUUCACCAAUCAAAGAGGUUAUUUAAAAUUGUCAAGCUUCUGUUCAAGUGAAGCGUUCACAAGUUCAUGACAUCAUAAGUUCGUAUGAUGCUCUUGUUCCCUUGUUCUGAUCUUUUCACUGACUUUUUGUUUCUGUUGACAUUCUUCUAUGUAUUCUUCUAUGUCUAAGUAUUUUUCAGUUCUUAGAGGUGGCAAAAUGGUAUGUAUGGCACUAUGUUCAUAUUUUCAAGCCUUCCCAGAUCUGGUCUAAAAUUGUUCAUAGUUGGAUAAAUGUCCUAGAGGUAAAUCAUUUUUUUUAAAGGUUCCCUACCCUGACACUAAUUUAUACUCUUAAGGAGCAUGCAGUAAUUUUGUGAUACGCACCAUAUUUUAUGUACUAGGAAAAAACAAUUAUCAACCAAAGACAGUUUAAUGGGGUGGCUUCUCGGGAUCUUCCCUGAAUGUUUUCUCAAAAGCCCCAAAGUUUUUGGAAUUUACAAUUAACUUAUAUUACGUAUCAUUUGCCCUUAGACACUAACUUAUCUUCUCUAUAAAGAGAAAAUGUUCUAUUAUUAGAGCUAUCUAUUGGUCACUGGAAUGGUAUGUCAAUAUAUUGUCACAUCAAGACCAUUUACAACUUUCAGUGAACAAAAUUGCAUUGUGCUCUCUUAAGAGUAUCUUGAUUUUUGCCAUGAUCAAAUUGAUGACAAUUUUUUUUUUUUUUUUUUUAAAGGUACCUGUCUGUCAUGGGGUUCAUCAUCAGUAUUGACACCCUAAUGUUGACGAUUCCCGAACAGCUACGAUUUCAGCGGUACAUCUGCACUUACCGAUUUAGCCAGGAUCAUUUGGAGCUUCUCUUCAAUUCAAUUUGGGCAUCAGGGGGAUGGAACAACAAUCCUACUGCAGGCCAGUUUCAGGGCAUUUUCCGACGUCUAAUGGUCCGGUGCGGUGUCUCUCCAAGCACUUCAGGGAACGUUGCACCACAGGAUGAGACUGUGUCGCUGUCAGCUGUCGAAAUGUCAUCUUUAGCAGUAGACGAGUCCGAGGAGCUUCCGUCCCCUUUCACAAAUGUUUCUGCACUUGUGUGUGACCACAGCUACCUGCCCACCCGCUUUGGCAGCCUUGUGGACAAUGCCCUUGUCUACAUUUCCGGUUUUGUGAUGCGUCAAAUUCUGAGAAAGCUUCCCUGUGGUGUGUGCCGUGCUAGCUUGGUGGCAGAUGCUGUGCCUGGUUCAUUUGACCCGAACUACCACUUACUUACUCUAAAGAACAAUGGAGGGCUGAUGAUUCCUUCUGAGGGCACAGUCAAAGUGGUCAGAUCAGCAGAGCAAUUCAUUCGCCAGUCAUGCUCAGGGAAAGCCGUCAGAUUGCCUUUGAUCAGCCAGUUUGUUCGAGCUGAGAUUGGUUCGGAGGAUGUGUUUGUUCUCAAGGAGCACAUUCAGGAAACACAGUUUGGAAUUGACAACCAUCAUUUUUCUCUCUUAUCUUUAGUUGUGUCUGUCUUUCACAAACUGAGAAUGGACCACAUUGCCAAACUGAACACUCUUAGAUUACAGAGUGGCAACUCAAGAAAAAAGCUCUGCAAAGCAGUUCUGUUCAAAGGGUUUUAGUCCCUCUGAGCCCUACAAAGGAUUAGCAAUUUUAGAUGGUUGAUUGGAAACUAUAUAGCCUUUUAUUAUUAUUAUUAUUAUUAU